AUGGUAGGGGGAGGCUGCAGGUGGAGUCGUCCGGCAGAUGGAGGCUGCGGUAGGUUGGUGAGAUCCUCGGUGGCAGUCAUAACUCUUCAAUCUGAGCUUUCGACCUUGCAAGCCCAUGUAGCCAGUCAGCCGCCACCUCAGCCACAACCGCCGUCUUCUUUGUCCAUGUCGGACUUCCCUUUUGCUGGCGCUGCCACCUAUGACAUGUCACGUCUUCUCAUCAUCAGAAUUCAUGGGCAGCCAAUCAGCAGCAGUUCCAUGAUCAGAACCCUUUCGCCGGGCGGUGGGGAAGAGUUUGCUGGGGAGUUACUAAUGAGGAAUCAACGUGGAAGGAAAAGUUCUGCCCCCAAGCAUGCCACCUACACUAAUUGA